AUGGCCGGAGCCAAGAACAAUGGCGAGCCGAACGGGCACGAAGAAGAUCUGGGCUUACUAGCCCAUGGCGACGGCGACGGCGACAUCGUCUUCGACGCUGAUGAGGAUAUAGUCGUCUACGAGGGGAAGCAGGAGCACGACAGCCAUGGUGACGAAGUAUCACCGCCGCCGCAGGCAAAGAUGCCGCGGACGCCGAAUCGAGUGCAGUUCGAUUUAAGUCCCGCCGUAAUUGGGGAGUCGAACGGCUCAGCGCACGGCGGGAGGAGGUCGUCGUCGGAAGCGAGCUUCGAGUUUGACGAUGAUGUGGAAAUACAGGGCCACCACUCGCAUCGGGUGCCGCUGCUGACGGACAUGGAGGCACCGAGCGUUGCUGUUGCCAAUACUCUUGGGGAUGGACGAGACGACGACGGCGAACGAUUGGAACAGGAGAUGCGUCGACCAAAGUCGGGUCUCAAAUCUGCGUUUAUGAACAUGGCCAACUCGAUUAUUGGCGCUGGCAUCAUUGGUCAGCCGUAUGCCCUUCGACAGGCUGGUCUUUUGUCCGGUAUACUCUUGCUGGUUGGGCUGACGGUGGUGGUGGACUGGACUAUUUGCCUCAUUGUCAUCAACAGCAAGUUGAGUGGUACGAGUAGUUUCCAAGGCACCGUGGAACACUGCUUCGGCCGCCCUGGGCUCAUUGCCAUCAGUUUGGCACAAUGGGUGUUUGCUUUUGGUGGCAUGGUAGCGUUUGGGGUUAUCGUGGGAGACACGAUUCCUCACGUCCUGGUUGCGAUCUGGCCAAGUUUAGGGUCGGUCCCCGUGGUGGGACUCUUGACGGACCGAAGAGUUGCGAUAGCCGUGUUUGUAAUGGGCGUGAGCUAUCCGCUGACUCUGUAUCGAGAUAUCGCGAAGCUGGCCAAGGCGAGUACCCUGGCUUUGAUCGGUAUGCUGGUCAUUGUGUCGACGGUCCUGAUUCAAGGCUUUUUUGUGCCUUCUGAAUCCAGAGGCUCGUUCAGCACGCCUUUGUUGACGGUAAAUGGAGGUAUAUUCCAAGCCAUUGGCGUAAUUUCAUUCGCUUUCGUUUGUCACCACAACUCAUUAUUGAUCUACGGAUCUCUCAAAACACCCACGAUCGACAACUUCUCCCGCGUCACCCACUACUCCACGGGCAUAUCCAUGAUGGCGUGUCUUGUCAUGGCCCUAGCCGGAUUCCUCACGUUCGCCGACAAAACCCUCGGCAACGUCCUCAACAACUUCCCAUCAGACAACAGCAUGGUCAACGUCGCCCGUCUGUGCUUCGGGCUCAACAUGCUGACCACGCUCCCUCUGGAGGCGUUUGUCUGCAGAGAAGUGAUGCUGACCUACUGGUACCCGGACGAGGAGUUCAAUCUCCGACGGCACCUCAUCUUCAGCACGGGGCUGGUAGCUUCCGCCACGGCCAUCAGCUUAUUGACGUGUGAUUUGGGCGUGGUCUUUGAGCUGGUUGGCGCGACGAGUGCCGUUGCCAUGGCGUACAUAUUGCCGCCGAUGUGCUACAUCAAGCUUACGACCAAGAGCUGGCGAACGUACGUGGCCUACGCGGUGGUUGUGUUUGGCAUUGCCGUCAUGGUGAUCAGUGUGGUCCAGGCAAUUGGCAAGAUGAUCCACGGGUCCGAAACGACAACACAGUGUGGCAAAGGCAAGGAUCUAGUGAUCCCAGAGCAGCUUCACAGCUCGAAUUUGUCAUGCAUCAAGCACAGCGGCGUUGGGUCUGAAUCCCAUGUCCAUCCAUCAGAAGCAGACGUAAUUCCCAAGAACACAUACCAAAGCUCAUCGUCGAGGAGACCCUUACCAGCCAGAAAGCAACUACGUCACAUCGCAGCCCCGCCUCAAGAUCCAGAUCCGACGCAGACAUAUCACGAGCACCGCCCAGGCCCUCUGCACGUCACAUCACUGGAGGAAGACGCCGAAGAUACCCAUAUCCCCAUCAAUCUGCGCACGUGUUACACAUCGCCAACACAAACCACCGAUAAGCACCGUAGGACAAAAACCUCAAUAACACCUGUGCCAGUCCAAGUCCCGCAUGCCCAUCAACCCCGCUUUCAGGCAAACGUCCUACAAAGGACCCUUAAUACAGCCAGCACAUCCCAUCCCCCGUUCAACGAACCACCACCUCUGCAUUUGCAACCUCUUCCUAUCCCAUCCAAGUACACCACCAGCAACAGACUCCAAAGUACAGCGUCAGCAACACACUUCAACAUGCAGCCCGUCAACUUCAACCACAACUCCUGCCCAAAGUGCAGCGCCAGCAUCUCCAACGGCGGCAAGACCUGCUCUGCUUGCGGUGCUACUUGCCCCAACUAA